GCAUAACAUAAUUUCCCAUCCAGUCCAGCAUAGGAGCCUAAUUUGAUUCGCAUCGCUGGUCAUACAACCAAAGAUCGUUUGGACAUUGACACCUUGAUGAGAAGCGAGAUUGGAAGCCCGAAAGGCAAGGAAGAGUGUGGUCAUUUUAUGUGGCAAUGGCAUUUCUACGAGGGAAAGUACUAUGCCUGACUUUGUUAGGGACUGUUGAUAUUGUUCUCACCAUAUUUCUCUAUUCACACGGCUUUAAUAAUGCACUGCUCUCGCAUGCAUUCACAGACUCAUUCAGCACCAGCUUUGUUGAUCUUUGUCUGCUAGGAAUACUACGGGGGACUAUCAUGCUAGGAGCUGGUCUCGGUCUGUUUCUCAAUCUUAAUGAUGGCAGACGACGAAUACACACAUCUCAGUCAUUGAUAACAUUGCUAGCGGGAUCAAUGAUUUUCUAUGCAGUAGUUAAACUUCUAAUAUAUUCUAUGAGAGUAAAGGAUUUGUCCCACCAUGUAUGGUUCUGGACGCUAUUUUCAUGGACAAUUCUUGCCUCAAUAUUGUUAUAUAUAUUUUGGAGAUUAUUACAAUUGAUUAUGAAUCAACCUCGUGAGACACAAUCUCAAAUACUCCUGAUAAAUGAAGAUAGUGGCACUCAUAGUAAUUUUACAGUAGAAGUUCAAGAACCUAGUGAAUCAUCUUCAUCUCAAUCAACAUCUGCAGAGGAGGAGGAUGAUGACGAAGAGGAAGGUUCAAGAGCAUCUUUGUUCAGACUCUUCUCAUACUCAAAACCUGAUAUACCAAUUAUUUUGCUUGCAUUUGUAGCUCUUGUUGGAGCGUCUAUUGCUGAUAUUUAUCUUCCAUUAUAUACGGGUGAAGUUAUCAAUGGAAUCGUGGUUGAUCGUAGCAAGUCUGAGUUUACAAAUGCUAUCAUUAUUAUGUCCAUUAUAUCAUUUGUAAGUGCCCUUGCAUCUGGUAUACGUGGUGGCCUGUUUACAGUUGCUAUGGCAAGACUGAAUAUUAGAGUCCGUAACCUCCUGUUUUCUUCAAUCACAAAACAAGAUAUUGGCUUCUUUGAUCUCACACAUACUGGAGAUAUUACUUCACGACUUACCUCUGACACCACUACCAUGAGUGACACCGUGUCACUGAACCUUAACAUUUUGCUGCGCAGCCUAGUCAAGAUUAUCGGUUUUACUGUGAUGAUGAUGCGGUUGUCGUGGCGAUUAACUCUGAUAACUCUCUUAGCUAUUCCAAUUAUUGCAUUGGUGUCUGAAAUUUAUGGUAAAUAUUACAAGAAAUUAUCGAAAGCAGUUCAAGAUUCGCUUGCCGUUGCUAACAAUGUUGCCGAAGAAGUGAUAUCAUCGAUGAAGACUGUAAGGAGUUUCGCUUGUGAGAGACAGGAAAAUAAGCGAUAUGCAAAUAAAUUAAAGGCUAAUUUUCUCUAAAUAUUUGAGAAUAUUUUUGAUUUGUCUGUUACAGUUGUCACAUUGUUUGUAGGUGGCCAUCUUGUAUUAGAUGGAUACCUGAAGGCUGGUCAUCUCGUCUCAUUUAUCCUCUACCAGAUAGAGUUGGAAACCGCAUUGGAGGAUAUCUCAGAUGUUUACACUGGCCUUAUGCAGGCUGCAGGAGCGGCUGAGAAGGUGUUUGAGAUGCUGGACAGAGAGCCUGAUAGGGAUAUAUACGAGAAUGUCUUCACGUCGGACCAACUUCAAGGGCAUCUGGAAUUCCAAAACAUUUCAUUUGCAUAUCCGUCAAGGAAGGAUGCCAAUAUAUUAGAGGAUGUAUCAUUUGCCAUCUCACCUGGUGAUGUCGUGGCACUGGUUGGAUCCAGUGGCAGUGGCAAGAGUUCUUGUGUAGCGCUCAUCGAAUGUUUCUACCAACCACAGGAAGGUCAAAUUCUCCUAGAUGGUGUACCUGUUCAAGAUUAUGACCACAGCUUUCUGCAUUCCAAGGUUGCUAUGGUUGGACAGGAACCCGUUCUCUUUGCCCGAUCAAUUGCAGAAAACAUUGCCUAUGGCCUUGAUGUACAUGAGCAGGAGGAGAUUGAGUUGUCGGCAAAGCUUGCUAAUGCUCAUAAAUUUAUUACCGAUCUAAAGGAAGGUUAUGAGACUCAAACUGGUGAAAAAGGAGCGCAACUAUCUGGUGGCCAAAAACAAAGAGUAGCGAUUGCCAGAGCUCUGAUAAGGAAGCCAAAAUUGAUGUUAUUGGAUGAGGCAACGAGUGCCUUGGAUGCUGAAAGCGAACAUGUGGUACAACAAGCUAUUUAUGGACAUACAAAAGAAACCACUAUUCUCAUUAUUGCACAUAGACUGAGUACAGUGGAAAGUGCAGAUAAGAUCAUAGUAAUGGAUAGUGGCAGGAUUGUUGAACAAGGCACUCACAGUCAAUUACUGAAGCUGGAUGGGGUCUACACUAAAUUGGUGCAUAGACAACUUACAGGGAAGCUCUCAGACACAGAAGAUAAUCAAGAAGAACCUGGUUAGAUUACAUGGUUAGUAGUCUGAGAAGCAGAUGGAAAAGUUGUUAGGCUUCAGGCUGCAAAUCUUGGGCCAGUUAUAUUUAUUGGACAUUAAUUACCAAGGCACUUGUCUGCUUAAUACAUCAGUUCAAGGCAUCAUUUUUUUUAACUAUUUAAUUUUUAAUUAUUUUCACAUGCACUUCAUUCCAUUCAUUACUUAAUACCAGAGCGUUCACUCCUUUAUUUCAGUAAAAACAAAAAUGAUUUAAUUACUAGGACUAACAGUUUAUUCUUAAAGCCAGGCUCCGAAGGGAAAAAAAUGUUUGUUAUACCAGGCCCAUAGCCAGGGAGUUUUUUAGGGGUUCGGGCAAAUCCCCUUUUCUCAGCGAACCCCUUAGCCAAAAAAACGAACCCCCAUUUCCCAAAUAAUGUAUUAUUACAAAAUGGCAUGGAAUGUAGUAUAGUGAAAUACAUUAGAUAAGCUUGAUGAUGAGAUUAUCUACUGAAGGUUUGUUAAAGGCUCUUAUUGCACAUGGUAAAAAUGAGUAUUUAUGACAGUACAGUACGUUUUAAAGUUGGAAUUAUUCUGCCAGAUUUACUAAUUGUUAUGAACUUAUUAAGUGGGUGAGUUUGGUCAUAGAGGCGAUUUCCAACAAAUAUUCAUGGCCCUUUUAUUAGGUUGAACCCCAAGGUGCGACAUAAACCUACAAAACAAGGGUUUCAUCAAGGAUUGUACAUUACUGCCAUUACCACACGUGGCAUGGAUGGAGCAGUCGAUUAACGAUGUGUUGUAAGGAACCAAAGGUCUUGUUUUUCAAUUUUGUACAAAUGAACGUCCUAAUAAUUUAAAAAUGUUUAUCUUAUUAGCUCAUUCGAAAUUUGUUUGUCAACCAGCUAUCAAAUAUCUUAGAAUGUUCAUUUAUAAAAAAAAAAAAAAAUUAAACGCUGAAUAUCGGUAACCUCAAUUUAACGCAAGAACCAGUGAGUGAUCCCUCUUGUUUGUAUGGGUGGCCAUUAGGACAGCGGUUGUGCCAGAAAUUUGCCGUCAAAUGGCCGAUGAAGCCUUGGACGACGGCCCGGAAUAAAACUCCCUUGUAGGGUUCAUGGGGAGAGUUUUUAUGGCUCAAUGUGGUCCAAAAUGUGUUUUUAGAUCACAAUAUUAUCAAUUGGCAGUCAAAACAAAUUGCUUAAAUUUUAAUUUUUACCCUAAUGCCUCUAUUAUACUGCCCUCAUUGGAGGAAACAAGUGAAAUAAAAGAUAAAAUAUGUUU